AUGACCUGGAGACAUCCUGUUAGGCUUCUGUUUUUUGUCAGUUUGGCAUUACACAUCAUCCACUUGGGAGACAACAAUUAUCAAAAAGAGAAACAUAAAGGUAACAGAGAAGAAAUCAACAAUGCUACAGCCCAGAAGCUCCAGGAGGAAACACUCAACUGGAUCCUGAAUAAUUUGGGAGAGGGGAACAGAAGCAUGGAUGGGUUGCGGCCGCAGGAUUCAAGUGUACCCCCAAGGCUCAGCUGCUGCAGGAAUGGUGGCACCUGCGUGCUGGGCAGCUUCUGCAUAUGUCCUGCCCACUUCACUGGCCGUUAUUGUGAGCAUGAUCAGAGGCAUAGUGAAUGUGGUGCACUCAUGCAUGGAGCCUGGACCUUCCACAGCUGCCGCCUUUGCAGGUGUGUCUUCGCAGUCCUACACUGUCUCCCUCAGCAGACGCCAGACAGCUGUGACCUGGAAGAGUUUCUUGCUGCGCGCUCAAAUGGACAGAGCUCACACCGCAUGCAGAAUGUUCUCGUCCUUCUUCUGUGCUCACUCUUACAAAGGCUCCUCAGGGAAGGGAGAGAUGGCUGA